UCCUGUAGUAUAAAUGCUUCAUGCUUGGCUCUAAUGGAUGCUGGCAUUCCAAUGAAAUAUCUUGUCUGCUCUAUCACAUCAGCUCUUGAUAAGAAAGGAACAAUAAUUCUUGAUCUAACAAAUAAACAGUGCAAGGAUGCAUUGUCUGUCAUCACCUGUGCCUUCGAUAGUCACAAACAAAACAUAGUCACAGUGUCACUGUCGGGAUCAUGCUCAAUUGAACAGUACAAUAAGUGUCUAGCUACAUGUAAACUGGCAUCAGAACAGAUCUUUGCAUUCUACAGAUCGUCAGUGGAAAGGAAGUUAUCAAAAUCCUAAGAUGGAAUGGGUGAGAUAAAUAUGAUGUGGAAGAAAGCUAAUAGAAGACAGUGUAUACAAAGGAAGAUAGUGACAGAGAACAUUAAGGUUAUGGAUUUCAAACAAGACAUAUCGGGGGCAGAUACAUGAGGUGGUAAAAGGAGCAGUUGUUCCCCGCCCCCCCCCCUCCUUUCCACUUUACCUUAUUUAGAUAAGAGAUUAAAACUUCCAUGGGCCGUCCAUAAGCAGCAAUAUCACACUGCUCUGAAAAACAGAUUUUACCUAAAUCGUUAGUAAAACUCCAAUGU